AUGAAUUAAUAAUUGAAUCACAGAAUCGGCAAAGAACACAAGGUCGACAUUGCGGAACAAAGGAUACGCAAUUUAUUUAACAUAGACAUUCUCCAGAAUGUUCAAGUCAGGAGAACCUAGUUCAUUCAUUCAAUCCAUCCCAACCCUAAAUCCCUCAUCCAAGAAGGCUACAUCGUUCACUCUAUACCACUCAGAAACUGUGAUCGAAUGAAGAUAUACAACUAUCCGAGGGAGAAACAAGACCGCAGUCCAUUGCCAACGGGCACUGAUCAAAUCCCUCAAAUUACAUAGGAGAAGAUCUAAAGAAUUAUGACAACAGUAAAAAAGGAUAGAUCGAUGAAUAUCUCGAUUGACAAUCAAUCCAAUACAGUGGCCAAAAUGCCAGCCUUCUACACCAAGCAUUAAUGUAUCAUUUUAUUAAGCUGAGCCAAUAGU